AUGAAGCUUACGUUAACUAUUCUCAUUGCUGGUCUAGCUACACAAACUGUUGUGGCCACUAAUUGGUUUAGCAAGGCUGUUUACAACAAAUGGCAUGAGACUGAACUUGAGCGAUGGCUCUCUGACAAUGGAAUCCCCUAUCCAUCGGCAGCUGACCGCAAAGAUCUAGAGAAAAUUGUCUCCGAAAACUGGAAAUCUAAAGUUGCUGAACCGUAUCUUGAUUGGGAUCCAAAGCAACUAAAUGCUUACUUGAACCAAAGACGCCUUGAAGCUGCAAGUGAAACUACAGAUACCAAGGAAAGUUUACUUAAUAGGGUAAAGAGCAAUUGGUAUGAGAGUGAAGAAAAAGCGGAAGAUGCGUGGAGCAGUAUUAAGGAUUGGAUCUUCGACAGUUGGUCAGAUAACGCCUUACUAUCCUUUGCCGAUAAUUACGGUAUUCAAGUUCCACAGCCACAAAAACGCGACACAAUUAUUCAAGCUCUUCGUUCGAACUAUGAGGCUGUUGCAAACAAGGCCGGAGAAACUGUAGAAUAUCCCGGUAAUUGGCUGUAUGGAUUAUGGUCUGAAUCUGACUUGAAGGAGUGGCUUGACUCUCAUGGCAUCCCUGCACCACAGCCCACAUCGCGUGAUGCGCUCAUUGCUAGCGUCCGUCGUAACUCCCGGAUUGCUAGUCUUAGGGCCGCCGACCUGCAGAGAUCCGAGAAAGGAUACGGCGAAUCUACCAAACAAAAAGUGAAGCAAAAAUUCUUCGAUGGAUGGUCUGACAGUAAAUUGAAGGAAUUUCUUGAGAAGAAUGGCAUAAAUAUUCCUAAGGGAAGCAAAACGGCAGAGCUUCAUGCUCUAAUUAAUAAAAAUCGAGCACAGUUCUCUGAUAAUACUAUUUCGUCAUUUUCGAAAAAUUUUUUUAGUCAAGCAAGUGAUUCAGGAGCCAGUGCCUUUGGUGCUGCAACAUCAAAAGCUGGAAACCAAUUUGCUAAAGCUACUGACGCAGCAUCUGGAGAGGCAGAAGAUGCUUUCAAUGCUGCAAGUGAUUCUUGGAGCGAGUCCAGACUCAAGGCCUACCUUGAUUCACGAGGCGUACCUUUACCGAGGACUGAUAAGCGCGAUGAAUUGUUGGCUGCCGUUCGUCUAAAUAAGCAUAAAGCUGCAAAUGGCUGGUCUACGUGGACAUUUGAUACGUGGACUACUGAUAAUUUAAAAGCGUAUUUGGCUUCUUUUGGAAAUAAGGCUGCACAAGAUUCAGCUAAAAAAGUUGGUGCUACUCGUGAGCAAUUAUUGUCGGCUGCUCAAGAUGCUUACGCUACAGCAUCGAAGUCCAGUGGUUCUUCGUAUGCUUCUGUAACUUCUUACCUGGCUCAGCAGACAGACGCAGCAAAGGAUUCAGCUUUUGAUACAUGGACAGAAUCAGAGUUAAAGGACUAUCUUGAUUCCUAUGGUAUUCCUGUACCACAAGGUUCUUCAAAAGAUUCUUUGAUUGCCUGGGCUAGGCAGCAGCGUAAUUACUUUCAAUACGGAACCUUGAAUCCACAAGAGGGAUUGUGGACUAAGUUGCAGCAGGGUGCACACUGGGCAAUGGGAAAAGUUGGAGCUGGUCACAAACAGGCUGAAAUGGCUGCAGAUAUAAUCAAGGAUAAAACAACUUCUACUACUGAUCGUACCGGAGAGGCUGCUGAAAAAGUAAAAGAUAGAGUAAUAAGCUCUGGGGACCAAGCCAGCGAUGCAGCAAAGACCAUAGAGAUCAAAGUUGAGUUGUAG